AUGGUGGCAAUGGCUAAUCUUGUGAAUACCAUGGAAGCAAAUGCUGCUGCGACUCUGCAAGCUGUGCAGAGGUUAGGUCAACCAGCUGGAAACAGAAACGGUGAUGAAAAUGGGAAUAAUAAUGGGGAAGGAAACGGUUCGACCAAUCCUACAGAAGCGGAUAAUUGGUUCCAAGCCAUGGAGCAUGCGUUACAAGCACAGCAUGUUUCGAACAACCAGUAUGUAGGGUUUGCUGCGUAUCAGCUUUUGGGAGAGACUCGGCAUUGGUGGCAAGGAGAAUGCCACUUACUACAGCUUCAGAAUGCCGACAUCCCUUGGGAUGUAUUCCAGACAGCUUUUUACAAGAAGUUCUUUCCUGAAUCUGCAAGAGAAGCGAAGGAGUUGGAGCUUAUGCAGCUGAAGCAGGGCUCUUUGUCUGUGGCGGAUUACACUAGUCGGUUUGAGGAGCUUUGUAGGUUCUCUAGGGUAUGUCAGGGUGCCCCGGAGACCUAUGAAAGUUGA